AUCAGUUUUAAACGAAGCGAGCAGCCCACAGGCAGUAUGAUGUUUGUCCGACUGUAUGCGAAACUAUCUAUCACUGAUAUUACUUUAGAAUCCUUAUUGCUUUAUUCGUUUUUUACGAGCCCUUAGAGGUUUCAUCCAUAACUAUGUUAAGUGUCUUGCUAGUUACCACAUAGUCGAUGCAAUGGACUGCUUUCGGCGUCGGCCGCAUCUACUGCUGUUUUGCGGCUGAUAUUCCAACUCAACCGAACAACACCUGCUGUUCUAACAACAGCAGCAGCAGCAACAACUUCAGACAGGCCGCACCAACAUCAGAGGCUGUAUUGAGCUGCGAAGUCCACCAGCUUUUACCCUGGCUCGAAAAUAGAAAGGGGUAGCAGACACGGGACGCGAAAUAAGGAUGCUAUGACGGGGAAGACGGGAAGAAGGGGUCAAUUUUUGGUCGGACCGAUGUUAGCUUUGCUUGCUAGCAAGAGCAACCAAGACAAGUGCCUACUUAGCGGCAGCGACAACAUUAACAUUUAACUUCAUGCUUAGCAUGUUCGCGACGGCUGUCGAUAGCGAUCGUGACUUCUAAGACUUUCGACGGUCCUGGUUGGCAAAGGAAGCUGUGGCAGUACUCCGCGUUCGUGCAUCUAGUCGCCUGCCGUACAACGGCAACGGUCUAACCUCGAUCCCAUCUUCCUUGCGUAAACAGCGCAUAACAGUGAGUGCUAGUGCAAUGACAUGCGAUAAACUUGAGUAAGUUGUGCCGAGGGAUCAAUUCAUUCAAUGAAAAUAUGCCCGAACGCAUAGGCAAGAUGCCGAAAUAAUUCAAAUCAAAACUAGGAUAACGUUAAAAUGGGGGUAAAAGGUGGGUGGUCGCAGAUAGGGACACUUAAUAUUCACAUUACAGCCAGAUGCCAUUGCUAAUCUACAACUAUCGUAGUGGUCAUUGUACCUGUAACGACGAUUCAGAGGAAACGCGAGCAGUAGUUCUGAAAAAAAUAUGGCCCAUGUGUUUUCGACUGUUGUCAAAUCAGAUUCGAAUUGUGCGCGUUGGCCACCGGAUCAUAGUGGUCGUUACACGCAAAUUCAAUUAAGAUGAAAAAAAAGCAGGGAUAUUGCAAAAGCAAUAUGAACACAAUAAUAACAAAGCUAGCAAGAAAAAUAGUAUACCUCAAAUCUGCAGUAACAAUGAAAAUAGUUUUAAUAAGCAGAUUGAUAAUAGUUUAUCUAUGUGGAUCUUUGUGGUUGUAAUGCAAACUUGUCUUCUGUUAUUGUAUGCACAAGUUUCAGAUCUUAUACUACAAACCAGAAUUGGUUUCCACCUAAUGAGUUGAUGAUUUUGCCUACAACAUUGUUUUUUUGCCCCCACAACUUCAACGUUUAUCAAGGGGAAAAAUGCUGCUUUUUCGCCUUCUGUCUUUCUCUCAAGUAGACGUUGUGGUUUGGUGAUUUUUAGGAGCAUUUCAAGUGUUAGAAACUGUCCACAUAAAAGCUAUUCCUGUGGCAGCUUGUAAUUCUGUCGUCAUACUUCUUCCUUAUCUUGGUUUGACCGUAAAUGACUUUUUAUGACGGGGAGCGCUAAUGGGCCGUAAAUCGGGAAACAAGUUUUGUGUAGUAAUAUAUCAGGUAAUAUAAAUGACCAUGACCGCGCGACAGGUACAAAGACGGUAAUUGCUAAAAAAUCACUUUUUAGGUAUUUGGCUCGUAUAACCAGAAGUAUUUGAUUCGAUAAAAUCAAAUUAAUAUAGUGCGAUUUUCGAAUCGCACUCAUCCAGUUCUAUUGAACACUAUUCACAUUGUUAGAAGGAAAACAUCUUAGUACUAGUGUGUGUAGACUUCAUUGUUGGACGACGUCAACUGAUAACGGCUCCUUUUUAUACCUUCCGAUAUCGAACGGCUUACUAGAAACCGUUUCUCGCUUAAAAAAAGUUUUUACGAUAUAUAAAGUGAUGCGUUAAACUUAAUGAAAACUUCGAUAAACUGUUUACCGUAACGGGCAUGCAUUUACUCACUAUUUUUAGUAUUUAGCAAAAAUCAAAACUUUUUAGAACAACACGAGAAGCUUGUUAUGGCGAAAAAUAACACGUCGUUGGAUUUGGACUCGGAUUUCGAGCAAAAAUCGGCUAUUAUCGAUAUUCUUUUAAAAAGACCUUUUGUUUUGCCUAAAGUUCGCGGUCUGCUUUAUUGCCAGGCGUCGUGUAAAACACCCGAGGAAGAAUUUUAUGAGGUACAGCGGAAAAUCCUCAAUAAGAUUUGUUAAAUAUUUAAGAAUUCAUCAAAAUAGCUCAAAAAAACAAUUUUUGGUACAUCUAGGCCUUUUAAUAUAGGAAUUAGGGGCCAUCUUAGAGAGAAGAAUGUCAGGUGCCAAGUAGAUCAUGCACAGAAGGUCCGUCUUUUCUGCAUAUCUUAAUUUUUUUGGCAGUUUUGAGCAAUCUUGGAACUGAGAGCUUGCUAUCAGCCUCAAAUAUAUCACAAUUUCUAAAACGUAUAUUAUAGCUUUUUGUAUUUAGCAUGUCUGAGCUACGCUUUGGCAAGUUUAGAUCUACAAGUAUUGCUCAACGCAAAAUGACUACUAAAAGCUACUUGCAGAUUAAAGAAGGAAUAUUUUUAAAUUGAGCAGUUGGUAAUUUAGAUCACGAAUCGAAGCUGUGAAUACAGAAGAUAGGGAUCGUGUUAACUGAAUAUAUCCCUCAUAAAACGACACUUUUGGCGCAAAAGAAAUUGUCAAAAUGUUUGUUUUUGUUUUAUAUAGAGUUUUAGCAAAGUAUAAGAGAAAUUUCAAUAUAGACGCUCCCUAUACUUAAACAUAUAUGUAUAUCUUGACAGGAUUAGACGAUGCCGUCUGAUCGUUCGAUGCCCGACCUUCAGUGUGAUUUUUGCCAGCAUUUCCGCCUUUAUCAGCCUUUCUUAUCUAACCUACUGCCGCGAGCUCAGCAGCUACCAACUCGACCAAGUGGAAAUCCUCCAGAUUUUUGCCGAUGUAGUUGAUUCUGAUGGUAUUUCGUAUGGCUAUGCAAUUUUUUGUAUUAUUUCCCUAGGCAUUUAGUUGUCGAUUGGGGACUUAAACAUAGUUUUUCUUUUUUCUGUUUUCCCCGAAACUAAAUAGCUAAAACAAUUAUUAUCAUUAUGAAAUGUCUUAGCUAAGUUAUACCAGUUAUAUGAGAGUGGAGUAUGUAUGUAAUAAUAUAAUAGUACAUUAAAUUGAUUCCACGUAGAUUAUCUACUUAAGAUUGUUGGUAGCUGUCGUCGUCACAAAAAGACGCCGUGUUGUAAAAAAGUGAUGAUCAUUUCUCUGGAGCUCUCUCCUCGGUAAGCCUUUCAGACAAGCUGAGUUGAGGUCGAGCCGUGACAGCAAACUAGAGCUGAUAAGAUCUGACGCUAAAUCGACUACGACACGUAUAGUAAGCCUGUCAUCAACAUCUGAAUUAGCAAAGCGACAGCGUUUCGUAAUAAUAAUAAAAAAGACAACAGUUUAUUAAAUCUCAAUAGCUAUCGCUGCUAACGUACAAUAUUUUAAGCGAUCCUACCAUCUGCAAACGACUUAGGUUUCGCGCUUUAUGAAUCGAUCCAAAUGUAUGCUCGGACGAAAUAAGAAACAAUGUGAAACCUACACACAUUAAUAAAUACGUUACUAAAUAACUUAAUAUCUUAAAAUAUGAAGCGCAUAUAUCGUAGAGUCUAAUGUGUUUUUACCAUUAAAAAACAUAAAGCCGUUCUAAAAAUAUCAUUUCCACGCUAAGUUAAGGUUUUAUUGGAACACUUCUACAACAAUUAUUAAAAAUAUAAAUUUUACUUACAAGCGAUAUUCAGCUGUUGAUUAAUUAUUUUUUAAGUGUUCUAAUUUCUAAAAGGUGUGCUUCUUCGACAAAAAUUAAAAACCCGUUUAGAGAAUACAUUAAUUUAUAAUACAUAAAGAAAUUAUUAUGCAAUGAAUGAGUAGACUCAUAGGAUUUAGACUUUCUUUCAGUUCUAGAGACUUCGCUCUGAUUUUGGCCUUACGGCUUCGAUCCACUUAUUGACUAUGAAAAAUCUCAAAGAACACCAGUCCCUUACUUCACAUUAAUAUAAGUCUACCAGGGAAAUCAGAUUUUAUUUGGAGUUUACGCAGUCUGCACACGGUUUGGCAUUUACCUUUGUAUUUACACAUUACACGGUAUAUAUUUUGCUGCUGCUGCUGUGCCGUGUUGAUAGCCAGCAUUAAUAUGCUAUAGUAACCUCUUUAUAAUGAUGAACUCGAUAAGUUAUAAUUCGAGCUAUAUUAUGGCAGGCUAUGGACGUAAAUAAGCUAGAGUUUGUCACGCGCUUCUAGAUAAAUUAUAUUUGAACCACUGGUGCAUUUGUUGUAGUUUAGGUCGAAGACCUGACGCGGUUGUUUCGACAGCAUGUCAGCCUGUGUAAUUGGUCAACCGCCGCUGCUAUAUUGACGGAAAGGCCGACUCUCGAGUAUCCUACUUAGGAGCACGAACACGUUUACGUUGUCGCGACUAUCUCAUUGCCUAUAUGAAACGUUUAUAACAAGUCGACACAUAAUUCAGUACCACCAGCAAAGCUACUUUACUAAUGACAAUGGCAAGUGGCGAAUUUCGCAUUUUAACAAAAUAUUCACUAGUGCUUAAAGCGCUGACUAUACGUAGAAAGAGGUUUUUAAAUUCAGUUAAAAAGAAACUUUGACUAGUUUGUAUUUUCAUUAUCAUUAUUGGCACGUAUUCAAAGUGAGUUUUAAAUUUUUUGCCGGUACGCUAUUGAAGGGAAGUGCAAUCAUGGAGAUAAAUUAAGAAAUCCUUAUGGGGUGAUCUAUUGUACAGAGAUUACCAUCACUGGCCAUACAAAGUAUCAGCUAAAAAAAUCUCGUUAUAUAGAUUUAGAUACGCCGCCCGUUGCAGCUUGAAAACUGACGGGGCACUUCGAAAUCGUUAUUUGCCUACAUAGAUAAAUUAUACGCGUUAGCAAUCUUUACUCCUAAAAGACUUCAACAACCGGGCUGUUCGAGUGCAAUGAUAAGCUGCUUGAUUGUGCCUAUGUGGCGGUAUGCACUAUCUAACUAGUUGCGUUCUUUAUAGGUAGAUCGAGCUUACUGUAGUAUUAGCGAUUAACGAGCAAGUGUGUGGAAAACGUUGAAAAGGGUGACAACUGCUACAUCCAUUUACUUUGCAGAAUCGCCUUGCGGUUCUGCCAAUUGCACACUUGAUUGAAUGACUGUACUGCGGAAUGACUGAACACGAAAUGAAGCUUUGCACCUGACUUCAUUCACGGGCAUCAGACAUAUUGUUCUUAACCAAAUCUGGACAAAUAAUUUUGCCCAGGUAACUGUUUGAAUUGUUUAAAACGGAACCACUCGCUCGCUUUAAUAAACACACAGAGUCCUCUCUGUCAGUUAUCGUUUAGAGAACUGCUCAUAACGUUAAUUAUGUCUAGUUAAUAUAGUAAAACAUACGACGAUUGACCAAUACGGGCCCCCAUGGCAUCGAAUACAAAAUGAGGGGGAAGAAAGGGUGUGAUCGACAGGUGGCAGCACCUUCCUAUUAGUGGGCUAGAUAAACUAACGAAAGGAAACGAUUCAUACUAUGAUAGUAUUGGCGAUAAACAAAUGGUGAAUUAAUUGUUAGUAUAUCCAUAUAUAUAUAUAUAUGUAUUUUUUUUUUCUCAAUAGUUAUCAGUAGCUGAAUACGGUUGCUGUAUAAGCCUGGCCUGAAAGUGAUCGAUUCGAAUGCGUCAGCGUUUGAGCAUAUUCUAUUGCUGUCUAGCUUAUAUUGUAGAGCGACACAAGAACUAGGAACAUACACAAUUGUGGCAAACUGUGUGACACUUGAAUAAUUCGCAUGGCACUCCAUAGAUGGAAUAGUGCUACAGAACAAACGCACCGAUAAUCACCCAAGCUUACUUAUAAGUUAUCACCUACGAUAUCAAUGUCGAAACGCUUGUUGUUCUAAAGCCGAGAAACGCACAUUGUGUGAUACAAUAUGUUGUUUUGUUUGUAUUUUGCUCUGGCAAUGGAAUAUCAACUAGGAAAAUAUUGUAUUUUUGCGCAUUAAACGAAAUUGAGGAUUUAAUUAAUUAUUUAAGCCUUGUUGAGUGAGCGUGAUCUCUUAUAAUAUCGUUCACAUGAACACAAACUAGUGAUGAUACUUUCAGUAUUGUUUGUUCAUUUCAUUACCACGAAAGUUAGAAUAAAAUUUAUCUAUCGGGUUCUUAGGAUCACACAUUCUUUCGAAUGAAGAACAAAUUCAAAAAGCUUAUCUAACCUAACACUUCUCAGACCAGAGGUUAGCUCCAACGGCAACAGAUACAUUCGAUCUAUUAGUCGGAAGCAAGUCUGUUCCAACUAACUAGAGGAAAUCAGUCGACUGAUCAAGAAGGUAAUAGAGGAAUCACCUUUUUCUAGACAAGUUUUCCUAACAAUAUCUUCGUCAAUUAUAUUCGGAGCGCCGUUAGCGAUUGUAUGGCAUCUGGAAAAGACGUUAUUAUCGACUCAGGGUACCAGCAGCCGUGGCCUAUCGUCCGACCUUCGACAACAUGUGAAGUUAAUCCCAAAACAUCAUUGAACUGGAGCAACGGCUCGAAGCCUGCUCAUGCCGCAAACGAAAUGCAAAGAUCAGGAUCCAGCGGAUUCUCAUCCGACAGAUCCGAAAUGGGUAGCGCUGGGGGAGGAGGGACGGGGACCAAGACGGGCGGUCAACAACAACAGCCUGAAAUGCACAAGGUGAUUAUGGUCGGUAGCGGUGGUGUCGGAAAAUCUGCACUCACGCUGCAGUUCAUGUACGCUGAGUUCAUCGAAGAUUACGAGCCAACAAAGGCCGACUCGUAUCGCCGCAAAGUAAUGCUCGAUGGUGAGGUCGUUCAGAUAGACAUUCUCGACACAGCUGGACAGGAAGAUUACGCCGUGAUAAGGGACACGUAUUUCCGAUCCGGUGAAGGUUUCCUCUGCGUGUUUUCAAUUGAUGAACCCGAGAAUUUCGAGGCCACGAGAGAAUUCCGUGAACAAAUACUUCGAGUCAAAGGUGAAGAUUCGGUACCGUUCAUUCUCGUUGGAAACAAGGCCGACAAGGAUGAAUCUAACCGAAGGGUGACCGUGGAGGAGGCCGAAGAACGUGCCCGUCAAUGGAAUGUUCCGUACGUUGAAACGUCUGCCAAAACGUGUAUGAACGUCGAUAAGGUCUUUUACGACUUAUUACGGCUGAUACGUGACAAGAAGCGGGCUGAGCAGCAGACCAAUCAGAGCGGUGCCAAAAAAGCCAGUGGACAGAAGAAAAAGAAAUGCACCAUACUCUAGGACUAAACCUUGCAUACUUUUUGUCAUGUCGUGUCGCCAUAUUGCUUCCCCCCCCCCCCCCCCGAAAACCACGACAUGAAAGCCAACGACAGCUGGCUGGUCCGAGCGCCAACUCAUUCUAUUAUCACAAUUGCACAAGUACGAUAGCAGCCAGCUAAUAAAGCCGAUUUUCGUACAGUAGUAACAGCAGAAGCAGCAACAGGCGCAGUGAGGCCUUCCAUCAAAAAAUGGUGUGAAGAGCGAUGCGGACGAGAAACAGACGACCGAUGCAUUGGACUCUAUAGCAGACCAACAACCUUCACUAAUACUAAUAUAAAAUAAUAAGUGUGAGUGUGCAUAGUAAAUCAUAUACUU